AGAGGCGCCGGCACGAUAGGCACGGCGCGAUAGGUGCCGACGCGAUGAACAAGCCCCCUGCUCGGUCAGGAGGAUCGGAACGGUGCCGGGGGGUCAGUGCCGGCAGUUCUUGGGUGUGGGUUUGUUUGUUUGUUUCCGCAAAGCUGCAGAGUGCUUUAUAAGGAUGAAGUUAAGGGGUUCAAGCUCGUUAAAGGACCUGGGGGUCUCCGGUCCAGCGUCCUGCUCAGAGCAGGGACAGCUCCGAGGUCACACCAGGGGCUCAGGGCUUUGUCCGGUGAGGUGUGGAAAGGCUUUGAGGACGGAGAGCACACAACUUGCUUCUCCGUUUUUCUGUCCUCAUGGUGAAGGAGUUUUACCUUUUAUCCAGUAGGGCCUUCCCGUGUUCAGGAUGUGCCCACUAUGUUCCAUCACCCCGCACUGCUGUUGUAAAACUGGCUGCAGUGCUUGCGUUAUAUUUGCCUGCUGAAACUGAAGUGAAAGAAAAGGGAUUGUCGGGUUUAUCUCUGCUCUCCCAGCCUUCCAGGUCUGAUACAUGCAUGUAAAUAAAUCCACGUUUUCAGUCAGGAUUCGUGGUUGCAGUUCAUUUAUCCAAAGGCUCCAAAUACAAGCUAUUCACAGAUGGAGCAGACACAGUAUAAUGAUCUCAGUGAAUUGAGAUUCAGCCUGGUAAAGAGGAAGGAGGCUCAGGGGUGACCUUAUCACUCCCUACAACUCCCUGAAAGGAGGUUGUGGCAAGCUGGGGAUCAGCCUCUUCUCCCAGGUAACAAGUGACAGGAUGAGAGGAAAUGGCCUCAGGCUGUGCCGAGGGAGGUUCAGGUUUUGCAUUAGGAAGAAUUGCUUCACGGAAGGGCUUCUUAAGCAUUGGAAUGGGCUGCCCAGGAAGCUGUUGGAGUCACUCACUGUCCCUGGAGGUGUUUAAGGAUAGACUGGACAUGUCACUCAGUGCCAUGGUCUAGUUGACACGGGCGUGUUCUGUCAAAGGUUGGGCCCGGAGGGCUCAGGGGUCUUUUCCAACCCAACUGAUUCUGUGAUUCUGAGAUACUUCUCAUGUAAUUUACAGAUUUGGCAUAAACAACAUUACAGAAAAUGACCCACUGGUUCCAUCGCAACCCUCUGAAGGCUACAGCUCCCGUUUCAUUUAAUUAUUACGGGGUAGCCACCACUCCAGCUGCAACAAAGGUUUGCAAUGACUUGCGGUUAUCUCGAACACGGCUGUUGGAGCUGUUCACAGAUUCGAGUUGUAAUCCAGAAAUGAUGAAGAAUGCAGCUGACUUGUACUUCUCACUCCUGCAAGGUUUUAUCCUUUCUCUGGAUGACUCUUCCCAGGAGUGCAAGUUGAGGUACAUUCAGAAUUUCAAGUGGACAGACACGUUGCAAGGACAAGUCCCGAGUGCCCAGCAGGAUGCAGUGUUUGAACUGGUUUCCAUGGGAUUUAAUGUAGCUCUAUGGUACACAAAAUAUGCAUCAAGACUCGCUGGAAAAGAAGAUAUAACAGAAGAUGAAGCAAAAGACGUGCACCGCAGCCUGAAGAUAGCAGCUGGGAUUUUUAAACACCUGAAGGAAAGUCACAUUGCAAAACUGAUUACGCCUGUGGAAAAGGGAAGGGAUUUAGAAGCUCGACUUUUAGACUCCUACAUCAUACAGUGUCAAGCUGAAGCUCAAGAAGUGACAAUUGCUCGGGCUAUUGAGCUGAAACACAAUCCAGGCCUAAUAGCUGCUCUUGCUUAUGAAACAGCCAACUUCUACCAGAAAGCUGAUCAAACUUUAUCCAGUUUGGAUCCAACCUAUGCAGGUAAAUGGAGGAAGUACUUAAACUUGAAGAGCUGUUUCUAUAUGGCCUACGCAUACUGUUACCAUGGCCAGACCUUGCUGGCGAGCGAUAAAUGUGGGGAAGCCAUCAGAUCUCUGCAGGAAUCAGAAAAAUUUUUUGCCAAGGCUGAAGCAUUGUGCAAAGAAUAUGGAGAAACCAAAGGGCCUGGGACUACUGCCAAACCUUCUGGACAUCUUUUCUUUAGGAAAUUAGGAAGUUUGAUUAAGAGCACACUAGAAAAAUGCCAGAGAGAGAAUGGAUUUAUCUAUUUCCAGAAGGUGCCAGCAGAGGCUCCCCAGCUGGAAUUGAAAGCAAACUAUGGCUUAGUAGAGCCUGUUCCUUUUGAGUUUCCUGCCUUGAACACACACUGGACUCCUGAAACAGUUGCAGCAUUUGAUCUGACCAAGAGGCCAAAGGAUGACACCGCUAAACCAAAACCAGAUGAAGAAGUAAAACCUCUGAAGGAACCAGAUAUAAAGCCUCAAAAAGACAGUGGAUGCCAGAUUUCUUAAGUGCCAUAAGUGCUUUGAAUUCACUUUGAAACUCCUAUUCAUAGGACUCUGGGGCUUUAGUUCUGAUCUCCUUUUCUUGAUUGUUCUUUUUUCAUGUAAAAGACUAAUUUAAUUUACCUUUGUUAAUAUGUGUCUAUCUUACUUAAGAAUGUGGUGGAUUUCUAGGAGGUUAUUUAUGUCUGACUUAUUUUUGGUUUUAGUGGGAUAUCAUAGAAUGAGUGGGCUUAAAUGUUCCUAUUGUGCCUCUAGGGAGUUUGUUUUUGUGGGUUUAGUUUUACCCACAAAUAGCAAAGGAAGUAUCAUGAUUGUAAUGCUUGAGGGUUUUCCAUUACUUUUUAUGCUGUAUCAUGUCCAAUUCUGCAAACAGAAGUUUGCAUGAGCAGUUAUAUUUAUUCACGUCUUGUCAUUCAGGCUUAGCCCCUGUCGUGUUCCAAUUCACCUAAUUGUAGUGGGGAGAAAAUCUGGGUUUGGAUUGUAACACUCCUAUGGUAUUUCACAGGACUUGCACAGAACUUGGGAAACCUCAAGUUCUGCAUAACAAGAGCACAAUUUAUGUUCUGAAACUGUCUCUGUUUUUUCCUCUAUAGAUUAGGGUUUUUAUGUCAGAAUUUGUAGUAAAGUACCUUAGCCUUGUCUGUCCUUUAAUCCAAAUCCUUUAAUAUCAAAGUGUAUCUGAAAGUGAUGCAGCAAGCAGUAUGGCAUCCCUGUUCAGAGUUUUUGAAUCAUCAAAGCUUUGUUAAGUUUGAAGGCUGCAGACAGUUCAAAUCUCUUGGCACUGGAAUUCCUGAAGCUGUCAUGCUGAGGUAAUGGAUUUGAAAGUAAGUUGCUGUGUUUCCAUCUGGGUAGUGUCUAUAAAAAGCUGUCAGGAGAACAGGGAGGAAAGACGAGCUGAAGAGCUGAUGGCACAGCUGGAAAGCCAAGCUCUGGAUUUCCUUUAUGCCCCAUGUAAACAGAGCUGCUUCUCAGCUUUUGCAGUAUUGCACUGAAAUCAGAGCUUUCUGAAGAAAACUUGCCACAGCCCAGUCAAGGCUGAGAAAGAAAGGAUUUUGUAGAACUUGCUGUUUCCAUUUCUGCCUGCUGUGGAAAAAGUGACAGCAUUCUUCAGUGCUGAGCAUUGCAAAACACCCAUGACAACAAAAACAUCUUUCUGAUUUGCUGCAGAUGCAAAGACAUAGGAUGCAUGUGUUUAAGUGAGGGCUUUGCAAUCCCUGGGUACCAGUUGCUGCACUUCUCUUUGCCUGAGAAAGAAACUGAGCAGCCUGACAAUGUUCACCCUUCCAGCAAACGUGAUGGCAAAUGCAUUUAAUGUGAUAUAAACUGUAAACACAUUCCUCACUUUGUGCUCUUUGUGGAGGAAUCAUCAGAGUGAUCACUCGAGGAUUCAUCCACUGUUCACCUUGCACCGUGCUGUAAUUCAGUGCUUCUAAAAUCUUUCAUGGGGCUUGGAGUCGCUUAGCAUCGAGAGCAGGUGUGGAACUCCUUGAAGGCCUGUGGAACAAAAGCUGCUGAGGUGGUUAACAGGGAACUCGAGACUCUUCCUGAGAUACUGGACCAAAUUACAAAACUUGUUGAUACAAAAGGGAAAGAGGCUUGUAAUGCUGGCUGUUGUGGGUUGAUCAGCUGCAGACCUCAUUGCUUCCCGUGAUGUAUUUUUCUUUCUGUCAGUUCUGCACAUAAAAAUAAGUGUAAAGUGAGCUGAAUUUCUUUGGAAGAAGUUUCUGUUCUGCAGGCUCCAUUUCUUCUGGUGCUGCACAGGAACAUGGGGUAUGUUUCAUGAAGAGUUACUCAAAUCUGUUCCUAACUUGAUCAGCUGA